UUCUUCAGUCCUGGGUCCAGGACACUGUGAGAGCUGCCCCCUCAGACAAGAGCUGCAGGCUGACAGGGAAGCAACGUCUUAAGCUGAAGAGGGGAACGCCCCAUCUUUUGUCCAUCGCUGCUGUCCAUGACAUCGGUCCCAGGCAAGCCCUUUGGGUGCUAGAAGGCGGCCCAGGAUCUCCAGCUGCCCUCAGUGGGAAGAGAGCGAGACACAGCAAGAGAGACAGAGUGAGAGAUUCCUCCCUGCACUGGCACAAUGCGCACUCUCAUCAUCCUUACGCUCCUGGCUGUCUUCGUGAUGGCUGCUACUUGCUAUGAGUCCCAUGAGAGCAUCGAAUCCCAUGAGUAUCUCAAUCCCUUCAUCAACAGGCGCAGAGCUAAUGACUUCAUGCAACCUGAUGCAAGGCUAAGAGCCAUCUUUCAGGAGAGGAUCAGGGAGCGUCAUAAGGCGGCCCGGGAACGUCAGAGGGAGAACUGCGAGGACUACUACCCCUGCAAACUGUACAAUUUGCAACAUGGCUAUGCUGCUGCUUAUAGGCAUGAUAUGGGGAGGAGGAGGACUAAGUAAAGCAUGACCUGUCCAUGCCCCGGGGGCUGGAGCCCAGGGUAUCCUCCCAAAAAAUGCAAUGGCUCUGAAACAUAUUCAGUUGCUUGUGUCCUUGUAUGUUAUCCUGCCUGCUGCUUCUCUCCCAUGUAGCCAUGGAUUCCUACAGUGUGUUAAUUAGCGCUGAGCUGAUAUAGUAGAGAUGAGAGAGAGUUCAGGAUGUGGGUGUUUACUACACAAUAAAUUGCUGGUUUGAUACUA